AUGGCACAGAAAUACAUCGACGAAGAGGAGAUGAAUGCUAUGAAAGAUGAGGAAUGGAGAAUUACGUCAGAACGAGCCAGGGAUGGAAGAUACAGCAGAGAUCAUGACAGGCGACCCAAAAAUGAGAAAGAAAAGGAGCCACCUUAUCAGUCGAAAUAUAGUAAGUACACUCCUUUAAAUAUGACUAGGGCAAAAGCUCUCAUGUUGGUAGAAAAAGAUAAUGUAUUGAUCUGGCCAAAGCACACAAGGAUUACUCCAGCUAAAAGGUACUCGAACAAAUAUUGUCGUUUCCAUCGGGAAAAAGGACAUGAUACAGAGGAAUGCUAUCAGUUGAAGGACGAGAUAGAGCGAUUGGUCCGACAGGGGUACUUUAGGAGACAGAAUCUUCAUAAUUUCGAAGAGAGAAGACGUGAUCGAAGAGGUAGGUCGAGAAGUCGGGAACGCCGACCGAGUUGGGCAACUGAAAGAGAGAACCGGACAGUGGGAGAAAACGCGCCUGUGAAAGGCAUUAUCCACACUAUCGCGGGUGGAUCAGAAGGAUGGUCGAGAAGGGCUAGAAGGAAAUUUGAAAGAGAGAAUAGGCUGGAACGACGCAAGCAAGGUGUAAAUAUGACAGAUAACCCAGAGAUCGUGUUUGGAGAUCGGGAUGCGGGUGCAAGGCUAGUGACAGACAAUGAUCCGAUGGUAAUAAGAAUGGAUAUAGCAAAUUUCACAAUACACAAGGUUUUAAUAGACAACGGAAGUUCGGCAGACAUAAUUUUCAAAGGAGUGCUGGAUAAGAUGGGACUGGAUAAUGUACGACUGGAAUCAGCAAACACACCGUUGAUUGGGUUUGGAUGA